AUGGAUGGCAGGAUUCUAGGGAAGAGGCAGAACAUUUUUCUUCUUUUGGUUUUGUUGGGAAGAAUAUCUGGGGGAAAAACACUGUCACUUAAUGGCUUGCCUGCUACAGGCAAUGUGACAGAAAAUUCUUCAGCUUAUGUUUUGGUUCAUACGUUUAGUGUUACUUUAUCACCAUCACCUUCUGAAGUGGCUUCAGGAUAUCCUUUAAUAAUAAACUCAAAUCCACUUACGAAAGCUUUUCGGAUUGAUCCUGGAGCUACACAUACUUACCAGGUUGUUACCACUGGAGAUCCUGUUCUAGAUUAUGAAACUAUGCCAAACAGCUUUGAUUUGCAGAUUUAUGUCAGUGAUACAGCUGGGGCAAGUGACCUUCAAAUACUUACUGUCCAAAUAACAGAUGUUAAUGAACCUCCUGUGUUUCGUGGCAAUUUGGCAAACCAAACUGUAAUGAUCUAUAUCUUGGAGGGAAAUAGAACACCUCCUGGAGUUAUUUACCAGAUUGAUGCAUCUGAUCCUGAACAGUCACAACUCACAUAUUCAUGUACCCCUGUGUCACAGCCAUUCAUGGUCUCUCAAACUGGAACCAUUUCUUCCACAAAAGAAUUUGAUUUUGAGAGAGAUCCACAUCUUUAUUUGUUAAACAUAACAGUGACAGACCGCCUAGGGCUGAGCACCACCAGGGCAGUGAUAGUCAACAUCAUUAACACCAAUGACGAAACACCUUACUUUACCACGAAAGAGAGAGUCUACAGGAUUCCAGAGGAAAACAGCCCAGGAACUGUUGUUGCCAAUAUAACAGCUAAAGAUCCAGAUGAUGAUGAAGGGAUUAUCAGCAGACUUGUCUACAGCAUCAGUCCACCUAAUACGCAUUUUGCCAUAAAUCCAUUCACUGGUGUGAUUUACGUGGCUAUGCGAAUAGAUCGAGAUGCUGCUCCCCUGCGUCUACAUCCUAACAUCUCGUUGGUCAUUCGUGUGGAGGACAGUCCCAGUGGUGGGCAAACGAAUGAAACAGAGAUAACCGUCAUUAUUGAGGAUCUUAAUGACAACCCACCAGAAUGUAGCUUGUACAACUUCAGACUUGAGGUAUCUGAAACAGCCACCACUGGGACACUCUUCCUUGACCUACGAGAUCACUGCCAGGAUAUAGAUGUUGAACCACCAAAUAAUGAAUUUAACUUCACUGGACUGUCCGGACUUGGAAGUAACAAAUUUACACUGAAUCCAUCUGGCUCUGGAAAAAUUGUGUUGAUUGGAGGUCUGGAUUUCGAAAAUCCAGAUAAUCUAGCAGUUGAGGAAUAUACUUUGACAGCUGUGGUGCAAGAUAUUGCCCAGCCUUACUAUACUAAUAAUAUCUACAUUUACAUCAAAAUAAUUCCAGUGAAUGAAUUCUUCCCAGGCUUCAAUAACCCAUCAUAUGUAUUCAAUGUUUCAGAAAUUACCCGAGCUGGAUCCAGCAUUGGAAAAGUGAGUGCAACAGACAAGGAUUUACCGUUUACUGGAAUCACAUAUUCCAUUGUAGCUGGAGGAGGUACCCUUUCUUACACAAAUAUAUUUUGGAUCGACCCAAAUGAAGGAAAUCUGGAGAUUAUAGCUACACUAGACUAUGAAACAACACAGAAGUACAUUCUCACAGUGCAAGCUUCUGACGCAGAGAAGCUUGCUACAGUGUCCGUAACCAUCAAUGUUCUUGAAGUAAAUGAUGAAAAACCAGUUUGUUCAGCCAAUACCUAUUCAUUGGCAAUCCCGGUAGACCUAGCUGUUGGGACCAACAUUGAGGGUAUCAGGAUAGAGUGUGUUGAUCGCGAUUCUAGUCCCAGAUCUUUCCGGUACUUCAUUAAUUCAGGUAACGUGAAUAAUCAUUUCACUUUUUCACCAAGUGCUGGCUCCAACAUCUCUCAGUUGAUUCUUGCAUCUAGAUUUGACUAUGACAGUGGUUUGGAUAGAAUCUGGGACUACAGACUGCGCGUCUAUAUAACAGAUGACAAUUUGCUGUCAAGUUCAAACAGAGCUACAGCCCUCAUCGAAACUGGGACAGUGACAUUAAGCAUCAAAGUUAUCCCAAACCCAACUACUACCAUCACUACUACACCUGCCAUUACACUUCUGAUCAGAACAGAAAAUAUUUAUUCUGAAUCAGCUUGGUAUGUGCCGUUCCUCAUUUCUGUUGGCAGCAUGCUACUGCUUGGACUGCUUGGAUACCUAUCCUUUCUGCUGGCAAAAUAUAUCCGUACCUACUGUCCACCAAAACCCAAAGCAAAUAAAAGAGCACUGAAAACCACACCAGAAAAGAAGAAAGUUAAGAAAGAAGAGGUUUGGGAAAUGACCAGGAUAAACACCGUCUUUGAUGGAGAAGCCACAGAUCCAGUCACUGGCAAAAUGUAUGAAUACAAUUCAAAAUCUGGGGCCCGAAGAUGGAAAGAUACGAAGGAGCCAGUUCAACCAGGAAUAAAGGAUCCAGUUGCACAGGAAAUGACCAAGAUAAACACUGUCUUUAAUGGAGAAGCCAGAGACCCAGUCACUGGCAAAAUGUAUGAAUACAAUUCAAAAUCUGGGGCCCGAAGAUGGAAAGAUACGAAGGAGCCAGUUCAACCAGGAAUAAAGGAUCCGGUUGCACAGGUAAUUUCAAGUGCCCCAGCAAACAGCAGUGAAGGGAAAAACAGAAUGGGGACUCCGAGCAAGCAAGAAGCUGGCCCAAAUGGCAGAGAGCUGGCAGCAAAGAAUAACAUGGCAACAAAGCCCUCAGAAGGGAAGGCAGAAACUUCUAGCCAGGAUAGCCUGAAAUUACAGAAGCUAAAAGAUGGAGCUGGGAGUAGGGGGUCAUCCUCACCCGGCAGGUCGCCAGUCCCCUCUCCCAAAAUAUACCCUCUGUUACAGCCAAAACCAGCCUUAAAGAAUGCAGUGUGAAGCUUUUGGGAACCAUCCCAACUGUGUGCUCCAUGGGAAAACCUUCACUGCGGCAUUACAACAUUAACAGAUUCCACAGACAAGAGGGGCUUGUGCUUCUUACUCAACACCUUUCUUAGUGUGAGGGACGUGGUAAAUGGACAGUACCAUGUAAAUUGCACCCAAACGUAGGGCCAGGUUGUCCCUGCACCUGCGUAGGUGCAUGAACUUGGGGGAAGAGGAAAGGGUACAAUGAGCUUCCCCAUUCCCCUAUGUGUCACUCCACAUAGGCCCAAACCAUAAAUGCAUUCCUCAUGCUCCCCACACCACAAAGACUGUUGGCUAAUGCAGUUGGAAGCAUGAAUUACCCUAAAAAGGGUGGGCAGGAGGUGAGGCCACGGCCACAGAAGGGAUACAUACUACACAUCCUUAGGACAUGUAGCAGCUGACACUGUGUGUGUGUGUGUGUGUGCACGCGCACGCGUGUGUGUAACCCACACACAUCCUGGGUGUGGUGUUCUCUCCCAUCUAGUGACACCAAGACCACUUAGAGAGAGAUUAAUGAUCUAAAAAUGCCAGAAAAAGCCCAAAAUGAAGCUGAUUUUAUAUAUACACACACACACACACACACACAAAACGCAAACAAACAAUGCUAGGAAACUGAACAAGUUUGCUUCAUUGUCCAAACUGAGUGAGCGGCUAAAAGAAAAUAAUCAUCAUAAAGAAAGAAAUGUAAGUUUAAAAAGUCUAGUAUUUUGUUGGUAACAGCGAAGUGCUUUUCACACAUGAUUUUUAUCUGUAUCCUGUCCUUUAUGACUUAGAAAAGAAAACGUUUUGAAAAUAUUUUUGAAUGGAAAUAUCCCUAGCUUCUUUUGUUGUAUUAGGUCCUCCUGUUAAAGUUCAUAGCUUUUGUAACUUUAUUAUUGUUCAAUUUCAUCAUGUUCUGUGCUUUUUGUAUUUUGCAAAAUCAAGCUGAAGAUACCCAGAAGAAAAAUGAUUUCACAACGUAUGUUACAAUAUAACUGGUCUAGUGUGAUAAUGUAUGAGGUUUAUGCUGUGCACAAUAC